CUUCAAUUACGCCUCUAUAUUUUAGGGGAAUAUUGAGGUGAUAGGCGUUAAGUAUUAACGAGGGAGGCUGCUCGUGUUGUUGCAAUAAUAAGCAAUAAGCACUCCCAAUACAAAACCCUUUUGCUUCUUGGGAGUACCUCUCCUGCUCUCUGCUCAAAAACCAAUAAAAAGAUAUCUUUUCUCGUUCAAGGGUUCUCCAAGAUUCGAUAAAAAGUAGGGAGUUCAAUAAGCAAAAAGAAAUCAAGUUUGAUGGACAAUGAAGUGUAUGUAGAACAACAAGUGCCAUAUGGUGUUCUUACAGGCAUUCGAUUUAAAGUUCUAUCUGAAGAAGAUGCCGAGAAAGCAUCUGUGAAGGAAAUCUCUGUACCAAAUGAAGUAACAGACCCUGCAUUGGGGUUCCCAAAUCCCGCAUCACAGUGUCAUACAUGUGGAGCCAAAGAUUAUAGAACAUGUGAAGGUCACAUAGGCUUAAUAAAAUUUCCGUUCACAAUACUUCAUCCAUACUUCUUACCUGAAGUGGCACAAAUUCUGAAUAAAAUCUGUCCAGGAUGUAAAAACCUUAAAAAAGAUAAGGCCAAGAAAACUGACAUGGAAUCCAUCGUUCAAAUGCCGAAAAUUUGCAAAUAUUGUGAUAGAGGCUUUAGAGAUGUUUAUCCACCUAUGAAGUUUAAAGUUUCCAUGAAAGAUGUAUUUGGAAAGACUGCAAUUGUUGUAGAAAGUUCUAGAAAGCUCAUAUCGGGUAAAAGCUUACCUCCUGACUAUUGGGAUUUUGUUCCUAAUGACCCUCAACAAGAAGAUUCAUUUUCAGCUUUUAACCGAAGAGUUCUUACACAUGCACAGGUGUAUCAAAUACUCAAAGAUCAGAGUUUGGACAAAAUUUUGACAUUUGAUGAACGCACAAGAGCCUAUAGAAAAAUGAUAGGUUUUCGAGGCACUGCAAACGAACUUAGUGCAUGUGUAAUCGAGUGCAUUAAACUUUCAAAGAUUCGGGCAGAGAAGCCUUCAUUUCGAAUGAAUACAAAUGGAAACAAUGAUGAUAAUCCUUCCAAAAUGCACGGGUUAAAAUACAUAAAAGAAGUAAGUCUUGGAAAAAGAACCGAUUUUUGUUUCAGAAUGGUGUGUGUAGGUGACCCUUACAUAAAACUAAACGAAAUAGGCGUCCCUCAUCAUAUAGCAGAAACAAUGCUUGUUUCAGAGCAACUGAAUUCAUUAAAUUGGGAAAAAAUAAACGCAUCAUGUGGUUUAAGAAUCCUUCAAAGGGGUGAAACUUUUAUCAGAAGAAGAGGAGGUUUAGUUCCAGUUAGAUAUGGAGAUCAGUUAAGAAUUGGUGACACGGUUUAUCGACCUCUUCAUGAUGGAGACAUUGUUUUGAUUAAUCGCCCUCCAUCUAUUCAUUCACAUUCCCUAAUUGCCCUUCGGGUCAAAGUUCUUCCUAUUGACUGUGUUCUUUCAAUCAACCCUCUUAUUUGUUCCCCUUUGAGGGGCGAUUUUGAUGGAGACAGUCUUCAUGGCUACAUUCCUCAAUCUUUGGAAUCUCGGGUUGAACUUGCUGAACUUGUUUCAUUGGAAAAACAAAUGGUUGAUAAACAGAGUGGUAAAAAUUUAUUAUCUUUAAGUCAUGAUAGUUUGACUGCUGCCCAUUUGAUGUUGGAAGAUGGGGUUUUUUUCAAUCGACCACAGUUGCAACAGCUUCAAAUGUUUUGUGCAAAUCAGAAAAUAAAACUUCCAGCUAUCAUGAAAAAGUUGAAGAAUUCACAGUUUAAUGAUAUGUCUAAAUCUUGUUUAUGGACUGGUAGGCAGUUGUUUAGUCUUGUUUUGGAUAAAGAUUUUGAUGUCAGUGUAAAUGGGACUGAAAUUAAAAAAGGGGAAUUUGUAAGUGUGUUGUAUCCUUCUUCUUGUUUACAAGAAGGUGAUGAGAAUCUAUACAGUUACUUGAUCAAGAACUAUGAAGGGAAAGAGGUUCUUGAAUUUCUUCAUUCUUUUCAAGAAUUGCUUAUCGAAUGGCUGUCAAUGAGGGGAUUCAGUGUUUCUUUGUUGGAUCUCUACCUUUCUUCUGAUUCACAAACGAAUAUGAAUGAUGAAGUUCUUUAUGGGUUGCUUGAAGCAGAGAGACAAGCUCACGGGCAGCUGUUAAUGGUGGAUGCCCAUCAAGAUUUUCUGACCGGAAACCUGCCCAAAAAUGAAGCAUACAAUGAAUUGGAUUCCAAUAAACUGUGUCAUGAUCAGCAAACUUCAGCUGCAUUAAGUCGAGCAUCGGGUUCUGCUUUCAAGGAAGUGUUUCGUGACAUUCAAAAUCUUAUUUACAAUUAUGCCACUAAAGAGAACUCCUUUCUUUCAAUGUUGAAGGCAGGGAGUAAAGGAAACAUGUUAAAGUUUGUGCAGCAUAGUAUGUGUGUGGGGUAUCAACAUUCUUUGGUUCCACUUUCCUUCCACUUUCCUAGAGAAUUCUCUUGCAUUUCAUGGAAUGAUCACAAAAGGGCAGUUUCGUCUUUUCCUUUGGGGAUAGACCGAUAUGUUCCUUAUGGUGUGAUAAAGAGUUCGUUUUUAUCGGGUCUUAACCCGUUGGAGCUUUUUGUUCAUUCGGUGACAAAUCGGGAUGCUUCGUUUGGUGGACAUGCGGAUAUUUCCGGAACUUUAUUUCGAAAAUUAAUGUUUUUCAUGCGAGAUAUUUACAUUGGAUAUGAUGGAACAGUUAGAAGUUGUUAUGGGAAUCAACUUGUCCAGUUUUCUUAUGGUCAAAGUGAGUCACUUUUAGAGGAGGCUGAAUGUGGUGCUCCGGUGGGUUCAUUGGCGGCAUGUGCCAUCUCAGAGGCGGCUUAUGGUGCUUUGGAUCAACCAAUCAGUGCACUCGAGAAUUCGCCUCUGUUAAACUUGAAGAAAGUGCUUGAAUGUGGUGUUAGAAAGCUUAGUGGUAACAAAACUGCAUCACUUUUUUUGUCUCAAAAACUUAAAAGAUGGACGAAUGGAUUCGAAUAUGGGGCUAUAGAUGUUAAAAACCAUUUGGAGAAGUUAUUGUUUCAAGAUGUUGUUUCGCUUGUCACCAUAUUCUAUUCCCCACAAACCGGAAAGCGUGCUCAUGUUAGCCCUUGGAUUUGCUAUUUUCGUAUAAGCAAGGAAGCUGCUUGUAGAAAGCAAUUAAAAGUGCAGUCAAUUAUCAAUGCUUUGAAGUUAAAGUGCACUGACUCUAUCAAAUUGAAGAAAUUAAAACUCACUCUACCCAAAUUACAGAUAGCAUCCAAAAAUUAUCCUGAAGAUGAUGCAAUGAGUGAGAAUGAUGAAAACAUUUUUAUUACUGCUCAAAUAAUUGAAGACUCGAGCAAUUCAUUGGAUCUCCUUCAAGAUGUAGUCGUGCCAUUUCUUCUUAAAACUGUUAUAAAAGGAUCUUCAAACGUGAAGAAAGUGGACAUCUUGUGGCAAGAUUAUCCAAAAACAUCAAAAUCUUGUAGAGAUUCUUCAGGUGAACUUUAUUUGCGUGUUUUCAUGUCUGAAAAUUGCGAAAGAAGGAAUUUCUGGAGGUUUUUAGUGGACGAUUGCAUCCAAAUCAUGGAUAUGAUUGAUUGGGAAAGAAGCCAUCCAGAUAGCAUUGAGGAUGUGAUUUUGGCUCAAGGAAUCGAUGCAGCAAGAAACCAUUUUCUCUCUACACUAAAAUCAGCCAUAGCAGAUACUGGAAAAAGCAUACUUCCAGAACAUUUGGCUCUAGCUGCUGACUGUUUAUCAGCUACAGGAGAAUUUGUUCCUAUAAAUGCUAAAGGCCUAUCAAUUCAGAGAAAACAAAUGUCUGCUUCUUCACCUUUUACCCAAGCAUGUUUUUCCAAUCCUUCCGAUUGCUUUGUGAAAGCAGCAAAAAGCGGGGCAUCAGACAAACUUGAGGGCACAAUCGAUGCUUUAUCAUGGGGAAAAGUUCCCGCCCUCGGGACUGGAUCAAGAUUUGAUAUUAUAUUUUCCGGAAAGGAACAUGAAAUUGAUAAACCAGAAGAUGUAUAUAGUCUGUUGAGCAAGAGUAUAGAAAUUGAUGAAGAGAAGGGUGAGGUGGCGGUUGAGGUUAAUGAUGAUAAUAAGCAGCAAACUGGCAACAAAACUCCUGCCCCGUUGUUUCAAUAUCAUAAAUUUGCUGCAGAGGGUGGAACAGACAUUAUGAAAAUGGUGUUGAGAAAACAUAUUUCGGCUGAAGAUAUUAAGCGAUUGUCUAAAGAUUUGAAGCAUAUACUUUACAAGUACGAUGUUAAUCGCAAGUUAAGUCAAGAUGACAAGCUUGUUGCAUGGAAAGCUUUGUUAUUGCACCCUCGAAGUGAUGAGAAGAUUGGAGCCGGGCCCUACGAAAUUAAGGUGGGGAACCACUCGAAGCAUGGAAAUACACGAUGUUUUAUUCUGGAAAGAGUAGAUGGAACAGCUGAAGAUUUCUCGUAUCACAAAUGCAUACAUCAUGCCUUGAAAUUGAUUGCUCCUGAUGAAGCCAGAUUAUAUGAAUCAAGAUGGUUGAAUGGGAAGAAAUAUUAACAACAAGGGUUUGGGUUUUGUUUUAAUAAAAAUCUGUCAUGUAAUAUGUGUUCUUUGUUUUUAAAAAAUAUAUAAUAUAAUUAGGGGAAGAUGUUCUUCAGCUUCUUUUUGCUGCUUCCACUGAAAUUUGUUUGCGGAGAGAACCUGGCGAGGAAGUCUUAGUGGAAGUAGCAACGAGAAGCUUGGAACAAUCAAAUAAUCCCCCCCAUUUUCCUCCUUCCUUUGUUUAAUGUCUUGUAUUUUGGUUUAACUUUGUUUUCCUAGUUGAAAUAUAUGUCAACUUUAGUGGCUAUGAUUGUUGUUUUCAGUUCUCAUGCUAAAUUCCUUUCUCCGCUAAAUACUGCCACUAAAAUUUUUCACUCGGUUGUUGCAGGAUAAAGUAGGGUUUAGAAACAGCAUUUCACAUCGUUGGUGUCUAUAGUAAUUCAUAUCAGUUCGUAUGUGUAUCAAUAGGGGUAAUCUAUCAUGAGCAUAGUCUACUACAUUAAAAGAACCCUACAAAUCAAUGUAUAGAUUGUAAUAUCCUACAAAUUGUUUUUUUGCUGAUCAAAGUUUAUUCAAUUAGG